UAUAUGCCACACAGUUUCUGGUUGUCACAUUAAUAGGCGCGGCCAUGUUGGUCUAUAGUGAAUAAAAUCAAGAUAAUUCGUUUUUAGGGAAAUAAAAUUGACACAAUAUGCCCAAAUGCGACCUCAAAACGAGAUACAUCCCUGCGACAUUCGCCUGGACUUUACUUUUGGGCACGACGUCUCUGUUUUUUUAUUUUCCCUGCCAGUAUUAUCUCCACAAGCACCCAUGGAUUCCUGCAUACCAAGGUGUCAUAACGUUUUUUGUUUUGGCCAAUUUUACACUGGCCACUUUCAUGGACCCGGGAGUUAUACCAAAAGCUCCACCUGACGAGGACCGUGAGGAUGACUUCCGAGCGCCGCUGUACCGCAGCGUGGAAAUAAACGGCAUAACGGUGCGCAUGAAAUGGUGCGUCACGUGCAAGUUCUACCGACCGCCGCGGUGCUCCCACUGCUCCGUGUGCAACCACUGUAUAGAAACUUUCGACCACCACUGUCCGUGGGUGAACAAUUGUAUAGGACGGCGGAACUACAGGUUCUUUUUCUUCUUCCUAAUAUCGCUGUCCAUACACAUGCUGAGCAUAUUUGGUCUCAGUCUUUACUACAUCAUGAAUAACAACAAGACGCUCACACAGGUCGAGCCUAUUGUAUCUAUGGUAAUAAUGGGUAUAAUCGCACUACUCGCGAUCCCCAUAUUCGGUCUGACGGGCUUCCACAUGGUGCUGGUGUCGCGCGGGCGCACCACCAACGAGCAGGUGACGGGCAAGUUCACAGGCGGAUACAACCCCUUCUCGAAGGGCUGCUGGUACAACUGCUGCUAUACGCAAUUUGGACCGCAGUAUCCUAGCCUGGUCCGCCCGUCGAAGUACAUCUACAAGGGCGGCAAGAAGCGUCGCGGCACGAGCGGCGCCGCCAUCUCCACGAUCGCGGACGCGCCGCACGCGCACGCGCACGCGCAGGUAAAGACCUACACCGCGGACAACGGCUCCGCGCACCGCCCGCUCGGCGCGCACGCGCACUACAACAAGCUGUCCCCUGGUCGCGAGGAGCACGAGGGUGAGCUGGAGGGCCCGGGGGCCUCCCAGUCAGCAGAUUGCGAACCCACACCGCCGCCUCUGCAGCGUCGGGGCUCCGCCGCCAACCUAUUCCCGCCCGCCGAGCCGCACCACCACCUGCCGCCUCGACCGCACCACUAUCCGAGGCUUAGUCCGCUAUCAAGGAAUACGAGUCACGGCGGCACAACGACGUCAGGGUACCGGGUGGUAAUGGAACCUCUCCGGUACGACACGGGUUCGAAUGGGGGAGCUCGGCCAUCUCCGACGAUGCAGCAGAGGAUCAAAGCGUUAGGGGUUCCGACCCCUCUGGCUGUCAGCAGCCCCGUGAGGAGGUCCAACCCCGGCACGCCGACGCAGCCGCGCCGGCCCGACUUCAUCGGCGUGCGCGCCUCGCCUCAGCGCCGCUUCCUGUCCGAGGGCGAGCUGCUGCGUGACGCGGCCGGGCCCGCGCCGCCGCACGACGUGCGCGAGCUGGCCGCGUCCCCGCAGCGCGGCACGUACCUGUGGGCCGAGCGGCCGCCGCCCGCGCCGUCGCCGCACGCGCGCCGCCGCGCCGCGCCCGCCUCGCACGCCGCGCCGCCCGCCCCGCGCCCCGCGCGCCCGCUCUCCUUCAUCCGCGCGCUCGAGGUGCAGGACCAGCUGGAGCGCGCGCCGCCGCCCGACCCGCCCGACCGCGCCUCCAUCUACGACUGCAACUACGAGAUCUCAGUGUGAGCGCCGGCCGCGGCCCGCGCUGACUUUUGACUCCCUAUUUAUGGAAUAGGCCAGUUUAAAACCGAUCGACCCGACUCCGGGGCCGUCCGGCGGCUCCGGCGAUUCCAAAGAUUGUCUGCCCCCUCCCUCCCCCCGCUUACGCACAAGGUUCGCCGAGGCCGCGCGAGUGCGACGGCCGUGUGACGGACCGGCGCGCGGUCGGCGUCCGAGUGAUUGUGUCGUUGUAAGUGUUUAGGUAAGAACCGUUAAGUGUAAUUAGAGUUUUAUAUUUAUGUAUAUUUGUGAGCGAUUUGUGACGUCGAGACGCUUAAUUUUUAGUCUGGAUUCGUUGUGUAAAUAGUCCCCAGUGUUGUGAUUUCGUGAUGACGUAAUUAUAUUUUAGAACCGAUGUGAGUCGAUUGAUCGAUCUGUGUAAUAUUUCGGAAGAAUAUAUCACGAUUAGAGAUUGUAAUUGACUGAGUCGUAAAUCUGCCUCAAUUUAUUUUAGAAAACUGAGAUUCAAUUUCGCGCAAAAAAUGUUUAUUAAAUCAACCCCGACUGCUAUUUUUAAAAAAAUUUAUAUGAAUAAAUUUGAGACUAAUUUGGCAGCAAGAAUGAACAUUUUAAAAAUAAAUUUGUGCCAAAUAUAUUGUAGACAGACAUAGAUAAGGCAGUUAUUUUAUUUCAGUUCCUAAGAAAUUAAAUCUUGUGCUCACGAUGACGCGUCAAAGGCAACGCAUAUUUAGUGUAUAGUAUUGAAAUUUGAUAAUAUAGAUUUAAUCAUUUUGUGAAAGUCAUCAUUCAGUUGAAAAUUAAACUGUUAUACAAUAUUUGAUAAAAUAUCUGAAUGCUUAAAUAGCCUACCUAAUGUCCUAAAUAUAAAAUUUUUGGCUUUAUUUUCAAAUUGAUAUUGCUAGCUAAAAAAAAUAUUAAUUAAAUAUCCUUAAUGGAGUAGUUGGAUUAAAGGGUCAUUCGCAUACAUAAAAAAGAACAAUUUAAAUUUUGUUAAUAUUAUUAAUUAUAUAAAAACAAGAAAAGAAUUAAAAUUAUUUUUUUAUAUUUUUUUUAUUAAACCAGAAAUGAUAAAUGUAACGUGAAAUUGACUCAAGAUCUCAUAGAAUUUUAUAAAUUCACGAUUCGUACUUAGAUUUCGUUUUAAAAAAAAUAUACGUUUGAAAAAUGACAUGGUAAUUUUAAUGUCCGCAAAAAUGCAAAAAAAAAGAUUUUAUAAAUUUGUGUGUGGAUUUAAAAUAAAAUAUCAAGCGUUUGAAAAAAUAUAUUUGUAAUCAAUCGUGUGUACUGUGUAUAUGUGCAAUUUUUAAAAAUAUAAUCCCAUUUAAUGUAACAUUUACUUAUGAAAACAAAUUAAGACUGGCAACACUGGAAUGUCUACUGUAUUACAGUAAUAUGCCUGAAUUAUUAAUAAAAAGUUAUUUAUUAUUGAAAAUAUAACCACGUGGACAGAUUCAAUAUAGGUUUAACAUUUUUUAAAUGUUAAAUUAUAAUUAUUUUCUUGUAAAUAUAUUAAGAUAUUUAUUGUAUUUUUACCAAUUAAAUGUACCAAGUCAUUAGAUAAAUAAAAUACUUUCAUUGAAUUAUUCUGACAUAAGCCAUUGCACAUUGGAGAUUAUUAAAUAAAAAUUUUUUUAAGCAAAAUAUUUAUUACAAUAAGUAUUCGUACAAGCUGUUGCAAGCGAUUGGUUUUGAUGGUAACUAGUCACCAUUCAUGAACAAUAAUAUGCCGAUCACUCUAAAUGGUUUAACCAAACAGCAAUAUGUGAAUAUACAUAAAUUGUACAAAAUUUAAACAUAUAAUAUUGUUUGAUUUGCUAAUAUUUGACUUUUAGUGUCCUAGUAUUUCACUCAACCACACUAAUCAGUAAAUUAAGAAUGAAUGCAUUAUUUUUUAUACUGGUAUCAUUUUGUCGUUUGUUUAAUCUACAUUCUUUAUUAGAAUUGUUUGAUAAUUGCUCCCCAUUCGGCCACAAAACUAUUGAUAUAUAAAAAUUUCCAAUGUGCUCUGAGUAUGAUGUGGUACAACAUAAUAGUUGUUUAUUUCAAUAAGGAGUCCAUUGUAAAUAUAAUAUAUUUAUCAUUUAACAUAGGGUUUGUACAAUAUAUAGAUAGUUAUAUGUUAAUGUUUAUUAGAUAUAGAACGAAACACAAAUGUAACUUCUUCAUAUAUAUAUAUAUUUAAAUAAAUUUAUGAUUUGAAUGUACAGGUUGAUAGACACAUAUAUAAUAAGAUUGAAUAUGUAAAUAUCAUAUAUAAUUAUAUAAGAAAUCAAAGUAUAUACUGUGUAUUGUUAAUGUUACUAUGUAUGGUAUGUGUUCUUUAUUCGUGUAUUUGUUUACGGUGCCAGUAACUAACAUCGGUUUUCCUCUAUUGACAUAUCAGUAGAUAUUUUUUUUCUAAUUCAGGGUACUACCUACAGAUUAAUUAAACCAAUUUUUCUCUAACAACGAUCAGUUGAUUUCAUAGAUACCAAUGAGUAUUUACGUGAUCGAGUUUGAGGAGUAUUCGAUAUUUAAAAAUUUCAUAAUUCGGUCGACUAUUUUUUUUUUUAUACAAAAUUGUUGGUAAAAUAUACAAUGACAUAGGAAAACUUAUUUUAUGUAAUUAUGUUGUUGUAUUAAGGGCGUGCAAUUAAUAUUCAUAAUACCAAAGUAAUAUAUUACUAUCCACUUAUUUAUUUGUCUUCGCAAUAACAUAUAUAAAAUAAUGGUAUAAUUUGAAAUAAACGCUGUAUGGUACCCUUUCAGUCUUAAUUUUCGCUGAAUUUCAAAGGUCUAGUAAAAACAAUUACCCUCCUUUCAGACUCCGCCGCGUUCGGGUAAUAAUGUGUAUGUGUAUUUUUUUUUAAUUUAAUUUCAUAUAAUAAAUUUAAAAUGGCAAUACCGUAAUAAAAAACUCGCUGUUAUGUGCACUUUGGAUGUUUAUUGAAUCACGUCAAAAAAUAUAAAAGCAAACUGGCAAAAAUUUAAUAUUACUGUUAUCCUUCCAUUACUUGAAGAGAUGUACUUUCUUCAAAUUUUUCACAUUCCGUAUUUCAAGACUUCAAGCUUUAUAUUAUCUGCCAAGUUGCGUACUUAAUUUACGCAUUUUUUUUUGUUUCGUUUUUCAUUCGUCAUUUAUUUGUUAACUUUAAAUAAUUAAGAAUUGACAACACUUUAGAGCAUUUGUUAAUAUUCACUGACGCAUUUUAUUACUUACCAAAGACAACUUGUAUUGUUUUUAAUGUUUUAUACUAACCUACUUAAACUUGAAUGACAAUAGACUAUUUGUUGUUAAUUCUUUAUUAUUCUUGUCGGAUAAAUUGUUUCGUUUUAAAUUAGUUUCACAUGUGUGAUAACAGAUAAAAAAUAAAAUGAUCGUGGUUGUCAUAGCCGUGUAUGAAUGUCGCCUUCCGAUGAGAAAUUGAACUAAGUAUUAUUUCAUGUUGAUUUAUAGUACACAUUUUCUUUCAUUUCGUUGUAAAAUAAGAUUUUACAUAAAAGUUACAAAGGUAGAUUUUAGUGAUUUGACAUUAUUAUAGCUCAAAGUGUGUCUGGAGACUCGAGUCCUGUUUGCAGUCUAUCACGGUUAUCUAAGACUAACAUGUAUAUUUAUAGUACCUCUUCAGAAAUCGUUAAUACCUACGUGUAUGUGACAGUGUUUUAUUUUUGUAUUUUGAUAAAAUUUGUGUAAAUAAUUUUCUUAUUUUAUUGAUAUUAAACUCAAUUAAUCAAGCAGCGUUUGAUUAAAAUAAAGAAAUUGAUAAAAAUAUC